CAAAACUAAGGACAUUGAACAGGAGCUGAGCAGCAGGAUAAGCUCAGGUCAGGAUAUAUUACAGUCAUGCUUCUAAGCUUGGUUUCCUUCUGAGAUAUUUUUCAUAAUUCUCUUUGUACAGGACCAUCACUGACUCUAAAGUCACUGAUAUUGAGCAUAUUUUUUUCUACGUGAAGAAAUCAACUGACCAACACACUUUAUCCUCUCCAUUCUUUCCUUCAAGAUGUUGAGAGCACCAUUCAUCACCAUCUGUGUUGGACUCCUUAUUUUUAGCAGCAAGGCUAAACCAAAUGGAAAAGACAAGAAGGCAAAACAAGUUGUGCCAGCUAUAGAAUGCGAUGUGCGUGCAGGGAAGAUCAACUUUAUGGAAUUCAUUGUUCGGUGCCCGUCCGGUUGCCGUGAGACCAAGGAGAGGGUUUAUGGGACGGGCGUUUUUGCCUCUAUAUCCAGCAUCUGUAAUGCUGCUAUUCACAAUGGGGUCAUUAGAAAUUCUGGAGGAAAGGUGAUUGUAAAGAAGAUGGCAGGACAAGCGCAGUAUAAAGGCAGUUAUGCAAAUGGCAUCCGCUCACUUUCCCUCCCCAAAUGGAGAGAGUCUUUCACUGUCUCAGUGGGCAAGCCAAAGAAAGAUGUGAUCUAUCCUGCUACCUUGGAGUAUACUUCUUCAAAAUCCAUCACAGGCACAACAAGUCAGAAGGAAGCCAAAGUCUUGGCACUCUCCACUGCAUUGCCCAUGACAGCAGCUCCUGAGCCAAUGACAACCACACUCGAGCCAACCACCACCACCACCACAACCCCUCCCCCAACUACUCCCACCACAACUACGACCACUACUGCGAAACCACGGGCUGCAGUACAUAAAAUCAGAGAAGCAGGCAACAGUCACCCAUACCUUGCCUCAGUGGCUGCAGCAGCCAGUGCACGACAAACGCAGAAUGGCCAAGCAAAGGGUCUUCCUCAAGCAUUCAGAGGUGGCUCAGCCUUUGCAGGUAGAUUUUCACCUCGUAUAAACCCAGGUGCACGCAGACCAGAGGCAGGUGCCAGUAUUAGGAGACAGCCAUCAGCUCCUGCUACCUCAGCUUUAAGUCGGGUCCAGCCGGUCCAGCCUGACAGGAACCAGCAUACACACGCAAAUCCUGCCCUUGCUCGGAGAAAAUGGCCACAUCCUGCCUACGCGCAACCUAAUUGGUUUUCUGGUCCAAGGAGACCAACAGAUGUUAGUAACUCUGAGACAGACACAGGCUACACAUGGAGCAACGUGGACACUGUUGAUUCUCCAGCUCCAGACCCAAGACCAGAUAUUUCAGAGUAUGAGCGCUGGUAUUAUAACUUUGGACAGUAUCCUCCUCGGCCAGCAGAUACAGACAGUAGACCUAAGCCCCUCCCUGAAACCCUCCGCACAAGAGUGGAGCCAGUGGAGGUGUGGAAGCCAGAAGAGAACCCUUUUGAUUUAGACGUGAGUGUCCGAGGACAAGACUCCUUACCCAGAGUUCCAGACACUCAAGGAGACCCGAACUGUAAAGUUGACAUUGCCUUCCUCAUGGAUGGCAGCUGGAGCAUCGGGAAACGUCGUUUUAAGAUCCAGAAAGACUUUCUGGCUGAGGUUUCCCAAGUCAUCAAUGUAGGCAUAAAUGGCCCAAUGAUGGGGAUCAUCCAGUAUGGGAAUGAUCCAGUGACAGAGUUCAGUCUGCAGCAGUUUUCUAGCUCCAAAGACCUGAAACCUGCCAUUGACAAGAUUACCCAGAAAGGCGGGCUCUCUAAUGUGGGGAAGGCCCUCUUUUACAUCAACAAGCAUUUCUUCAGCGAUGCUAAUGGAAACCGAGGUGGCGCACCAAAUGUCGUUGUGGUGUUGGUUGAUGGCUGGCCGACAGACAAAGUGGAGGAGGCUUCAAGAUUGGCACGGGAAUCAGGCAUCAACAUCUUUUUUGUUACCAUUGAGGGCCCAGAUGACAACGAGAAGCAAAAUGUGGUUGAGGCCAAUUUUGUAGACAAGGCUGUGUGUCGGACCAGUGGCUUCUUCUCACUGCCAGUGACCAGCUGGUUUGCACUGCGUAAGGCAGCGCAGCCUCUGGUGAAACGUGUGUGUGACACAGAUCGGCUUGUGUGCAGCAAGACAUGCCUGAAUGCCAAUGACAUCGCCUUCGUCAUUGACGGCUCAAGCAGCGUAGGUACCGGCAACUUCCGUACUGUGCUGCAGUUUGUGGCCAAUGUGACUCGUGAGUUUGAGAUCUCCGACACGGAUACACGCAUUGGUGCUGUGCAGUACACUUAUGAGCAGCGACUUGAGUUUGCCUUUGGCCAGCAUAACACCAAGGCCGAUGUCCUAAAUGCCAUUCGGCGCAUCAAUUACUGGAGUGGUGGUACUAGUACAGGUGCUGCCAUUACUUAUGCUGCUGAGAAGCUCUUUAGCAAGUCCAAGCCAAACAAGCGUAAGAUCAUGAUCGUCAUCACAGAUGGACGCUCCUAUGAUGAUGUGCGUGUACCCGCUCUGACAGUGCACCAAUCAGGUGUGAUUGCCUACUCUAUCGGCAUUGCUUGGGCUGCACAGGAUGAGCUAGAAUACAUAGCCACAGACCCAGACAAAGAUCACUCCUUCUUUGUGGAUGAGUUCGACAACCUCUACAAGUAUGUGCCCAAGAUCAUACACAACAUCUGCCACGAGUUUAACUCUCAGCCACGGAACUAAGCCAGGCAUGGACCAAUGGGAGUGGGUCAUCUAGAAGCCUUAAUUCCAACAGAAGUAUUUUUAUCAUGGUACUUGCAGUCGUGUUACCAUUAAAAAAACAUAAGGCCUUAUUUUCUGUUUUGUGGCAUUAUUAAGAGAGAAUUUCCACAGGUUCCAGUGUUUUCAAGGUUGGAGCUUUUCUUAUAGCACAGAGUUUUGGGGCUUGAAAAGCAAACUUUGAUGUUAAUGUAUGUAUUUUAAAAAGCUGCACAGCAUACAUGGUUUCAACAAAGUCAGUUGUUUAGACGUGAGGGAUGUGAGAACUUGGUUGCUGAAUAACAUAUGAUAGAUUAUAUAUUUAAAUAACACACUAAUAAGUAUUACAUCUCUACAAUAAAAGCAUACAACAAAAGUUUUGCUAGCUUCAUAUACAAAAAUGCUUUUUUUGCAAACAGAUUACCUAAGUACAAAUUCUUCUAGUAAAUAUGAUAUAAAGGAAAGUCUUGUGAUCUAAGGUCCAAAAUGUAAGUAUGGGUUUUUGAAAGUUAUUUUUGUAUUAUAUGAGGCUCUUUCACAUCUGUACAUGUUUCUGUAUUUUACUCAUGCAGCUGAUGGAUUAUAGUACUUUAUGCAUGUUAAAAUUGAAAGACAAUAAUGCAAACCACAGAAUACAUUUCUGAGCACAAAAACAAUCCAGGUUCAACAAAAAUCAAUAAGCAUUUGUUUGCAUGAAACUAAAUGAAUGAUGAAUUCUGACAUUUCUGAGUUUCUGUGACCAUAAAUUUCUCAAUUUUGUAAUUCAAACAUAGAAUGUAUAAUUUUCAAUUGAUUUCAGCGUAAAAAAAAAACCCUUCAAAUGUCUGUAAUAUUUGUUCUAUUUGUACAUAUGCAUAUUAAAAUAAAGCCCAUUGCUUUUUGAUUGUGUAAGUGGCAGA